AAACAAAAGGAGCUCGAAAGCAGACGCUCACCACCGGGGUCAAGCAAUAGUAAACUAGCGCGGCAAAUACCUAUAACCAUACAAUUUUCUGGGGCUUACAUGAAAAGGGAGAACGAAGUGAACUCGUGUAAUGCUCCCCCAGUGAUUGUGCUAUUCUUCAUUCAACUCUGCCGUUGUUCGAUAGAAUGCUUCGUUAAAAUCGCUAUUAUCUCGAUACACCUUAUGCAACCUACAUAUUGUUGCAGAACCCUACCUAAAUUGCUAAUUAUUAUGCCCAUGUUUUCGUUUUAAUUCAGUGUAGCUUAAGUCAGCAUUGUAUAGAAGGAAAAUGUCUCAAGCAUACUCACAGGACGUUCCCAUCGAUAUGGAGGCAAUUGCGUCUAAUCUAGCGCAUUAUGUACUGAUCCAGGAAAGGACGCAAUUUGGAGUGAAGCGAGCUGACAUUGUAGAAAAGAUACUUCAGGGGAACGCCCGUCUAUUGCGGGAAGCCGUCGACAAUGCUAGCAGAUUGUUGGAAGACACCAUUGGUUAUCAAAUUCGCGAAGUGCCUGGAAAGCGUCUUUACAUCGUCGUGAACUCGCUAGACUUGACUGGCCUGGAAGAGCACCUAUCCCAGGACGAACAAUGCGAGCAUGUGAGGGGCUUAAUAUGUAUUAUAUUAAGUCUUAUUCUGAUGAAUAUUGGCGAGACGCUCGCCGAGACCGAUCUAUGGAACUUCCUUCGAGAAAUCAACAUCGAGCACGAUGACAAAAAGCACCCUGUAUUUGGUGACAUCGAAAAGCUGAUAAAAGUCACUUUUGUAAAACAACAUUACCUCGAACACGUGAAGAAAAAAGACGGUCCCGGAGAAUUCUCAUGGGGCUACCGAGCUCAAUACGAAUUCAAGCCGAUGGAAAUCUUGAAGUUUGUAGCCGAUGUCUACAGUGAUGGGAAAUCUCCCAGAGAUUUCACCAUGGCUUACAAGCGAAUCUCCGAAAAAGAGAAGCAAAGUAAGCGGAUAUCUGAUCAGAAGAACCAAACAAGAGAUUUCGUAGACAAUUCCAGAAUGCGAACCUCAGUAACUAGAUCAGGAAGCUAAACAUUAAAAGGCAAAAAUAGUUCUGAUAACGACCAAGAUACUCUAAUUGUUGUUCACUAAUAAUAACGAUCGAGGCUGUGAAAACAGGAGAGCUUUUUGUACAUUUGUUUAUACAAUUGUAUAAUAUUUAAUGGGAAAGGAACGUUUGGAACGAAUAGACCCGGUGUUUGCAUUUAGAAAAGCUAUUGUUCUAUGGCUAUUCUCCAAUACGUAUUUGUAGUAAAGUUGCUAGUCUUUUGCAAUAGUUGCUGGACGAAAAAGUUGACACAGUACGUUAAUUCAGAAGUGUUUUACCAUGCUCAUACUAUAUGUUGUGUAAGGUACGCUAACACUGGCUUGAAUCGCUGUGACAGCAAGCUUAACACUAAAUUUACUGACACUGAUAUACCUAUCAGCCGCGCCCGGUAAAAACUAUAGGUUCUACUUUUUUUUUUUUUAUAAAUAAACCUAAACUUCUUAUGGCGUGGAGUAGGUCAGUGACAAUGUGAUAAUGUGUAAACUUCUAAAAAAACUAAACGUUUCUAUUUACCGUUAGCGGUAGGUUUAAGGUAUUGGACAUAUGCACAGAGUAAAACCCAAACCCGGUCAUUUCUUUUUCAUUAUGUAUAUGACAUGUUCAGUAGUUCUAUUGCUGCGAUGGGAAGCAGGUUUUACUUCAGAAUCUAUAGCAAUGGCUGUGUUUCUUAUUUUCCCGUCACUACCGCGACUUCUAUUCACCCAAAGUUCCACACAUUAUAUUAUAAACUCGUUUCAUUUAUUUAUACAUUUAUUUAUAUGCUUCGCGUACACUGCACCGAUCGUGCAAUGUACGUGAAACAUGUUAUGAUGGAAAGUACAAGGACUUUCCAUCAUAACAUGUUCAUCAUCUACGGUCGAUGCUCAUGCUCCAAUUAUAACUGAUUGUUUCGGGGUGAAGCCAGCUAUACGAUAAAACAUUACAGAUAUUAUGUAAAUGAGUGGUUGAAACAUGAUCAUUUAUGAUUGAAUACGUUCUCAGUAGCGUCAGAACAUAGGAAGCUGACUCCAUAUGAGUAACACUCUGUGAAUAACACGCAAAAGUCGCAGAAGUUCAGUCUGGCACUAAUGCAAUUGGUGGCGCAUAGGAUUUAUGAUUUUCAUAUACCCAUGGAGCCUUCACUGGGUGUAUAAAUCUCACAGUAAUAUGUGAUAUAGAUUUAUCAUUUUUAUAGUACAGUACUUACCUAACCAGAAGAAAUCCACACACUAACAGCCCCUUUUAAAGCAUUGAAUCUAUUAUAGUGUCAGCCAUAUUAAUCCUGUAAAUCCUUUUUUACAGUGUGCUAUCUGGGAUACUUAUAUUGACUGUUAUAAAACUUUCAUUUUUUAGAAAUGCUGCGAAUGAAAUAAAUAAGUAUUUGUGUAACACAAAAUUUUUUUAUAAUAAUCUUUUGUGAAUAAAAUGUAGUCUGCAUCUUUAAACUACAACGUCGUUCUUACAUUAGUUCUACACGAUAAGGUUAGCUUUAUCCUAUUAUUAAAUAAUCAUUUUGACGCUUGACCAUAUUCAUACAUGUAUGACAUUAGGGACUGCGUAAUAGUGUACAGCGCCAUAAUGAACAAUAUUUACCUCUUUCGUACACACGAUUUGUACUACACACACAUACCGUGCGCUAUUCAACCUUAUACCCUAUAACUUUUCCUAAUCAGACAAAGUGAGUUCGUACCUGUCGAGUCUUAACUCAAAAACCGUAAAAGCUGCUCUAUCACCAUGUUCCUCUAUCCCUGGUACUAUCUUGUGGUCCUCUAUCUUGCCUCAGUAGAUUUUUCACGGAUGUUUUUCUGUCUAUUUCAGUGCAUUGACUCUGUUCUUUUACUCACUUAGUUAUCUUGCUGUGUUUUCGCAUUGUCUUCUUUAGCGGUUUAACCAUAUUGUUUCGCAGUUCAAUCGUAGCAAGAUAACGGAAAAAAACUUAAAAAUAUAUUCCAAAUUCAUGUUGGUCACCUUGGAGUCCUGUUGCAGGUAUCCCUCUCUCCAGUGUAAAUCUCUAGCGUUCAUUAAUGUACAAUUAAGUUAUUGGAAUACAGUUAGCGAGCUGUCUCCCUCCACUUAUUCUGCGGUCUCAUGGUAAAGCAAAUCCUAAUUUCCAAAAUUCCAUAUACGUAUUAGACUCCCCAAGAAGCCAAGCACGUUGGCGAUAUAAAAGCAUCGAGUGUUUAGAAAUCUUCAACGACUCCUUUGAGAAAACGUCAUAUUUAGCCCAUAGACGGAAAUGAGAAAGAUAACUCGAUACCUAUCGUGAAGAGGUCAGUAAGGUGUUCAUCUUCUACGUUCAGAUAAUUUACAAAUUUUAACCGCUGCGAAGGUUUUUGCUUGAAAAAGUGAUUUUCUCUUGGUGUACAUUGAAAUGUAUGAGGAACACUGUAGUAUUUGUGUUGUUUACUAUAGUCUUUCACAUAGAACCAAUCCUAUCCGCAAGAAAAUAGAAAAAUCGUCAAAGCUGUUUUGCAGAUGCUUCGGUCACAUAUACUUAUAUAUGGGGCUCGAUUCAAAUUCUGACAAAACCCGGCUAAUUCAUUCUAAAACAAGACACUACUAUCAUCACAUCG